UUCCGUGAAUGCAACAUUACUAUCAAGAGUACUCUUCUUCUUGACCACUGUGAUUGUCACAUCAGUGUCCAAAUUCUUAGGACCGGGUGUCAUCACAAGACAAGCAUCAACAAAAUUCAUACCUAGGUGCCUACAGAGGUACUCAGCUUCCGAUUCCUCCAGGUGACGGCUAUGGUAUCGAUACUUUGAUCGAAAAGUAUCUGCACCAUGGGGAGAAGAUGGGAGAGGUGUUGUAAACAAGAUACACGGAUGUUCAUCUAUGCGCACAGCUGCCAAAACUAUUUUGGGAACCAGUGGCAUGCGAAGAUGAAAUCUUUUUUCGGAAAUUGAAUGGAUGUCUCCAAACAGUGGAGAAGUACUUUGAGCAAAGAUUUCGAGCAUUGAAACACGAGGGGCUAUGAAAUGGUCCUACAAUCUUCCAAAGACGUCAUAAACUAACCGCUGAAACUGAAGAGGUUAGAUAGCCCCAGUCAAUUUUCGAAGGGAUACAUUAUUCUAGAAGCAUAAUUUGUGUUGUGUAUACUUGGAAGCCAGAUGUAGUCAACGUUUAGAGUGCACACAACUGGUACACGUCGCGAUAUCAUAGCGAAGAUCGGUUUUCUGUCCUUUGCAUAUGGUUUAGGUGGGUGAUUAGAUCAGCAUGAGAUUGGAGUAAUAUUUGCUAUUGAUUAAUGUCAACAUCUUGAUGUCGCUUUUCUCUAAUCCUCGUACGCCUGCCGUGCUCCCCCUUCAACUUGCCCCACCAUUGUUUCUUAGCUUGUAACACCGCAAAGCCCUUCCGCCCAAUCGUCUUGCCAUUCUGGAAGCUCAUAUCUAGUACUUUCAUCAGCGGGCGACCCACCCACUUUUUACAGAACUCAAAGCAUUCUCCAAAAUCUGGCAUGAUUUCAAGAAGCAGUGAUAUGGUCCCCUUGUAUCUCAAGCGCUGCGUCUCCCAGCUGUCCUGCUUUUGUCUCGAAGCAAGCCCCCCUUCGCAAUGUGCAGAUAACCGUGCAAUUGCCACUACCUGAUAUUCAUAAACUUUUGAUCGAAAUGGGCGCCAUCACCCGCCGCAAUACCGUACAUGAAAGAUCCCAAGUGUU